AUGCCCACCACCGUAGCAAUCGCUGGCAUAAGCAGCCGUCUUGCUCUUCUCGUCACAAAGGCACUGCUGAAACGACCAGACGUCUACAUCCGUGGCUCCUGCCGCAAUAUCAACAAACUUCCCGACGAGCUCAAAGCCUCUCCCCGUAUAGUCCUAAUUCAAAGCGGACCCUACGACAAAGAGAAUCUUCGUGCUUUGAUAGGCGGCAGCGACGUGGUAAUGUGUGCCUACUUCGCCGACGACGAGACCAUGCUCUCCGCACAAAGACUGUUGGUUGAUCUAUGUGCAGAAGAAGGUAUCACCCGGUACAUAGCCAGUGACUACACAGGCGAUUAUCGGAAUCUGGACUGGGGCGAAUUAGCGAUUAAAGAGCCAAUGAAGCAUAUCGCUGCGUACGUCGAAAAGAAGGAGGGUGUGGCGGGGAUACAUAUCCUCGUUGGCCUUUUCAUGGAGACGUUUCUCGACUACUUCGGCGUGGUGGACAAAGAGGGGAAGAAGAUGAGUUACUGGGGCAGCGGAGACGAGAAGUGGGACCUUACGAGUUAUGAGACGGCGGCAGAGUAUAUCGCUGCUGUGGCUCUUGAUCCCGCCGCUACGGGGUUCUUCAAAUUCCGAGGCGAGCGUAAAAGCGCCCGUGAAUUAGCCGCCGACGUCGAAUCCGUACAUGGCAUCAACCUCACAAUGGAAUCACGCGGGCCCUUGACUGAUUUGGAGGCAACGUUGGAUGGCAAGGGCAAUACGGAGAAUACACUCUAG